AACGGACGUCUCUCUUUCUGCAAGGGGGAGCGUACUGAAUUAUAUUGAUAUUGAGGAAUAGACUGGACACGGUGAUUUGAAUUCCAGUGAAACGGUAGUGCCAGUUGUGUUUUAUCCCUUUUAUAAUAACGGGUUAUUCGGUGUGAAGAGGACUGGAGUGGGUUGAGUCAAACUCAUUUUUAAAAUCUUGCGCUCUCCUGGAAGCUUGACAAAAUGUACAUGCGUUUUUUGUCCAGAAACAAAGCAAAUACUCUUAGGUUUUAAACUGAUCCGUCACGGAACCACCGAGAGCAAUCCUGAAGUUAUGAACACUAAACCUUCUUGUAUGACAAUAUUUUUAAUCAUUACAACGACGAGCAACAUGGUGAACAGCGUAUCGUAUAAAUAUAAACCAAGCUGCUUCCCAGAAUACAGCCCGCGACAUGCAGUGAGAAUCCAAGAUUAACAAAAGAACAACAGAAGCCAAGAAGAACCGAAAGAGCCAUCAGUGUGGAUGAGAAUGACUGGUGCACCAGCCAACAAGACAAGUCUUUCUUUUUUAAUGAGGAUGAUGGAGCGUAUGGUUUGCUUCCUUUAUUAUGCAUCAGGGGCUUUUUGCAGAGGAUGUUGAUUUGCACAGAUUCAAGCAUUUGUCUUCUUCUUCUUCUUUCUUUUUAAAGCGCAACCAAAACCAGUGCCAAACACUAACUGUGCCAGGCAGAAGCAAAAAAGAGAAACUUCAACUGUAAUUCUGAAAUCUUUUAUCAUUCUUUAACGCAAACUGAAAAAUACCAUUACUAUUUAGCCUACAUUACAUUCCACAUAAACAUUGUCCUGCCAGAAUAGUGCAAGUCAUAGUGAGUGGUUGUGUCGAGAAGAGUAUUAGUGCUACUGCCCAAGGACAAGUGGUCAAAAAUCACUGCUGCUCUAAGGACUCCAGAGAUUAGUGCAUUACUGGUUCAAAGUGCUUUAUUUAAGAGUGGAUAUCAGCUGGGCAUUAGCCUGUGUGGUCGCACACUCACUCUUACUGGGAGGAGUUGGCCCUGUGGGGUCACCCACCCUAACCUUAACCUUAACCUUAACCCUAACCCUAACCUUAACCCUGUGUGGCCCUGGACUGAUGGUGGCCAACACAAGCCUCAUUAAACUCCCCAAAGUGACCUGCUGCUAAUUUUGUCAGUUAGUCAACUGUCCUAGUCCUCAUAUCUACUUCAUUAUAGAACCUCUGAGCAAUUCUGUGCUUCUGUUUUUACAUGAGAAAAUUUGAUCCUCUCUACCUUUUCUUCAAUUUCUGUGUACAUUUAGGACAAAACCCUUAGGAGGUGGUUCACCCCUGAAGGGUUACAAAACUGGACAAAAUUCCCUGAAGCCAUAGUCCCCAUACCCAAUGCUAAUGUUAAGAUCUCUGUCAUUGCAGAAGCCAUAUUCUCCAGAGCCAUGCUAAUGUUAAAGUUGCUGACAUCACAGUUAUUGGGUUUGCAACUAUCAGAAAUGUGAAGUCGCUUUGAAAGCACAUGUGCACAGAUAUAUUCAGGGAUAUUUCUGAGACCAGUAGAGGCACGGUGCAUUUACCAUAUUCACCAGCAUGUGAUCUAUGGCUUCAGUUUAUUUACAUAGGUUUUUAGUUACAUUUUUACUAGUUGUCACUAUUUGAAAACUGCACAUUAAAAGUAAAAGUACUCUUUAGUAUAUAGAAUAGGCUAAUUCAUUUUGGUAAGAGGCCCGUUUGUCUUUGCUUGUUGCCCUCUCUGUAUUCCAUAUUGACAAAUGAAUCUUGUUUUGCUCAUGUCUGUUCAGUGGGCACAAUCAAGCAAUCCAGUGAAAUCUGGGCCCUCAUUUGUUUUAUUCUGUUGGGCAGAGUUAAACCCAGAGCAGAGACACUUACUCACGAGGGCCCAACACACCUAGACCCUUUAGGGUUAGGGUUAACACUCCUAUCCCUAACUCACCUAAACCUUUUAGCAGACAACACCUGGCCACUUCUUCCAAACCUUAUCUACCCUACUCCACUCCCUUCCUGAGACAACCCCAAAACACACACACACACACACACACACACACACACACACACACACACACACACACACACACACACACACACAGCUUCCCUCACUUCUUGUCAAGCCAAGAGUUAAAAUAUGCUGCUUGGUACCUUUCACGAGUACCCUCACUGAAUAGACUCUUCUGAAGUUUGAGUCAAAUUGUUGCAUCGCCUUCAGAAAGAUCAGCUCUUCCUUCAUUUUGAAAUUUAGAGUUUUCAUUUGCUAUCACUUCUUUGAGGUUAUUUUCUUACUCUUGCAAUUUCCUGAACACUGAAGAGACUGUAUUUAGACUGUAUUUUUGUAUGCACACAGAUUGCAAAAUUAACCUGUUGUUAUGAUCAGUUGGACUGUGCAAUAGCAUUACCCAAUUAUCUAAAGGCUUGAAAAGUCAUAAUUUUUUAUGGGUUAUUUUCAUUGACACUGCCAAAUACAUCAGUCCUCUCAGAUUUGUUUACAAGACAUCAAUUCUCAGAGCUGCCACAAAUGUUUACAGUUCACUAGGAAGAGCUAAAACAAUGCAGUAACAGGAUUUGCUGAAGUUGAUUUGUCAUCAUUUCUUUUCAUACAGGUCUUUAGUUUGUGUAGAAAUUAAAGUGCCAAGUAGGAAUAAGAACAAUUGUAAAUAAAAAGAAUAAUAUGUAAAAGUUCAAUUUAAGAUAUCAAGUUUAUACUCAAGCAAAUGUUUACACGUCCUCCUUAAGGUGGACUAUCGUUAUAUCUGGAGCAGUUUGUUAGUGUAAUAGUUUUCAGUUCAUUUAGACACAUUUAAACAAAACAAACCAUGUUAGAAAAGAAAAUUAAUCUGUUAUGUUGACGUGUUUUAGUGAUGCUUUAAAUAUUUAAACAUUUACAUAUUAACAUAUACUUUUCUUUAGGGCAUGCAGUUGUUCUUAACAAAGCAUUCAAUACUUACAUUUAUUUAUAAAGACAAUUCCUUUAAAUUUUAUAGAAUAUUCAAUUAUUCAAAUUAUUUCAUAAUAUUUUAGUUUUGAGUCAAAAUGAAGUUGUGUCUGGAAAACAUUCCUUUUAAUGAUUUGACCAUGCCGAAACCUCAGUAAGUUUAAGCAUAAGACUGAAAGAUCAGUUGGAAUAGAAAAAACUAAAACAUUUCGGUUGUUGAUAUUGCCAUAGUAAUAUGUUAUCUCACAGACAUCACUGACAUUGUACAUUCUUCAAUGAUUCACCCUAAAAUUGCAAAGUUAGAUGUGUACUUUGCAUAUUGAAUACCUUGCAUACCAGUGUAUGCACAUUUAAGGGAAAUUGAACUUCUUGCCUGUAUGUCAUAAAUUGUCACAGUGAUGCAUAACUUUUGAUAGGUUUUUCUUCAAUAUACCAGUCUUUUAUAAGUCUGUGAACUCUUUUGUACCCAAAGUGUACAUUCAUCUUAUUUGAUAAAAAAGGAGCCCCAAACAUCAAAAUGCCAUCUGCUGCCAUCUUGUUUUUUUUUGUUCUAUUGGACUAUAUGGUUUUUGCAGUGGCUAUUACCUCAGAACGGCGCUUAGCCAAUGGUGGGCCACUGCUGCUUCUAUUGAAAAGGCGUGGUGAUGCAGUCCAACCCCCUACACUGGAGGGCGGGAUAAAGGAAGCAGCAGCCAUGGCAGUAGAGCCAGAAGUGGCUGAGAUCCCUCCUAUGCCCCUCCCCCAGAUCAUGCUCCCUCGCAACAUGACAGCUGAUGCCCUGAAACCCCCGCUGGGGGCUGCACAGGUGGCACCUCCGCCCCGUCGACUGGUGGAUGUUGAUGUGUGCCGGGGCUACUAUGAUGUCAUGGGCCAGUUCGACAUCACCUUUAACUGUACCAAGGGCACAUACAUUUACUGCUGUGGCACAUGCCACUACCGCUUCUGCUGUGAGCAUCAACGCAACCGGCUGGAUCAGGACUCCUGUACCAAUUACAAGUCGCCCAUCUGGGCUAAUACGCAGGUGCCUGCCACACAACCCCCGAGCCGUUCGGACCCGGACUUCGACCCACUACAGCAGCAGAGUAACAACACAGCCUAUGUCAUCGGGGGUGUCAUCUCUUUUACGCUGGCUGUAGCCAUUGGAGUCAGAGUGGCUUUCCACAAGAUCUCCCGCAGACCCAGAAACAGAGAUAUAAACAUGCCCAGAGCACUGGUCGACAUCCUACGUCAUCAGUCUAGCCCAGUUCAACAGGGCGAGCGGAACAACAGCACUGUCCUGACCAGCACCACGGGUGAACGUACUCUGGCACAGCAAUCCAAAAACCUCUACAUGCCCAUCCUCCAGAGCAAAGAUAACCGCAUUGGGAAACACAAUUUAAUCCAGUCUGGGUCCAGCCCCAAACACACAGCUACUAUCGAGCGUGUACCAAGGAUGAACAAUGCCCAGCUGGUCUCGACUGGAACUCUGCUUUCCAGCAAAAACAUAAAUGCAAGCCCUCAUCCAACUUUGUCUCACUCCUUCCACAACCUGGCCCAACUUCCACCAUCAUAUGAGGCUGUUAUGAAACCUGAGAUUAACAGAUACUGCUCCCUCAAGAGACUAGAGAAAGAGUUGGACGAUUACACAGGUUAUUAUACCUCGAAGAGACGACCCAACAACACCUCACCAUCCUUCCAUUCCUCCCAGCAUCACCUGCACUGGGGAGGUGACUAUACUGUAGGGUCAAGGGGCACGCUUCCUCUGAACUCAUCCCGUCCCCGAAUACAUGCACCUAUUUCUACCUCCACACCAAACCCUUACCCCUUACCCCAGUCACCAUACAACCACACUUUCGAGACAACAAGCAAGCCACCACGACGAGUGAUGUCUCAAGACCAUCUUCUGGCCCUGGGAGAGGGAAACACUCUCUCUUACCUCUCCAAGAACCAGCAGCACCAGUACUACAAAGCCAUUGCCACCAGCAUGAAUACCAAUUCCCAGACACACCGGAAGUCCCAUGAACGCCUCCUGGUGUCACCUGAUCGCCUAGAGGAGAGAAUGAUUGGGGGAGGAAUGGGUGACUAUGGACUGGGGAUAAUGUCUACCAUGUCUCAUCUCAACCACCACAAGAAAGCGCAGUCUCAGCAGAAUGUGUGUGUGACCCCCUCACUUGACCGCCACCACAUGAUAAAGAUGAACUCGAACCCGAGCUCUGGCCGUGAACAGGAGCGUAGUGUCGUAGCUAUGUCAGCUGGCCAUGGGGCUAGUGCUCCAAGCUGGGGGGAGGGGCACAGCUCUGGGGGUGGUGCUGGAACGAUGGGCCACAGUGCCCGCAGGAUGGCUUUUGCCACAAAGCGACAGAACACUAUCGAACAGCUGCACUUCCUCCCAGGAGGAGGAGGGGGAGGAGGAGGGGUGGGCAGCCAGGCACUGCGCACAGGGAGUAAGAAUGAAGUCACUGUGUGAAGGACUACUGCAGGAGAAGAAAAUGAGGAAAGGGUUAUGAAAAAAAGUAAAGAUGCAUGUGCUCUUUUAUAAGAGAUACAUGCCAUAAGGAAGACAGAACAAAGCUUAGAGUUUGAAGGAUAAUGUGAAGAAAAGGAAUGUGGAGAAGGCUUAUAGUAAGACGUGAUGUAGGGUGUGAGGCUCAUAGCAAGGGGAACUUGGUGUAUUGCUAAGACCUGAGAGACAGAGAGCUGUGAGACAAUACAAGUGAGUUUGUGAUUCUUCUAUUUGCUCCCUGCUGCUUGUUGCUAAGCAACAAGGAUAGGAUAAACCUUUGUGAUAUGAUGUUUCUUAGAUGAAACAGGAAAACUUAGAAGGGUUCAAUUUUUACCUAUUUGAGUGUAUGUAUACUGUAUAUGAAGUCUUUGGAGGUAAUAUUGACCCAUAUUUUUCAGAGAAUAUUAAGACAAAUGAAGGCAAAAAACAAAGUACAAUAAAUAAUAUAGGAUGUAAUGUAUUCUCAAGUGAGAGCUAAAUAAUUCUGAAUCCAACAACAAACUUUGCUUGCAGGAGAGGUGGAAAAUUGUGUCAAAACCCAUGGAAGGUUCCAUGAUUCUAAAUUCAUGGAUUUCUAAUUGUGGUACAAAACCUGUGGCAUCCUAUAAAUUUAGUAACUGAACACAUUUUUUUGUUGUUGGUGGUGUUUUUUUGAUGGAUUUUAAGUGGACAGUAAUACUGAUAAGACUGAAAAGGUUUAUACUGAGGAAAUUAAGGUAGUUCAGAAAUAUACUGAUAAUCCAUCAAAAAUGAAACCAGAAGCUAUGAGGAGAAGAUGCUGAAAUUGAAAGAAAUCAGAUUUGUGACAUGAUUCUUUAGAGUUUUGGGCACUAUUACCAUAAAUGUUGUAAUUCAGCAUGGGUAUGGGAGGUUGUGAAGCUUGUAUUUAUUAUAAGUCUGAACAGUUUUUCAGCACACUCCAAUGAUGUGACACAAUUUGUAGUUGAUUUUUGCAUUGUGGAUAAGACCAUAGCUAUUGGUGUUUGAAAUGGGGCCUCUGAGAGCAAUAUGUUUUGGUAUUUAUUGAGUCAUGUGCUAAUCAGGCACAUGUAGCAAAUAUUUAAAAUAUCCACAAGACUAAUAGUGUAGAGGAAGGAAACAUUUGUUGACUAGAAACAUUCAGUGUACGGUAUCUGGUAGUAAUUACCCAGUGGGCCCUAUGCCUCUUCAUGCACGUCAAGAGUCAAGAGACUGCUACGAAUGACUUUUCAAUUGGUUUCUGACUUUUGGUCUGUUGUCAUGGGAGUGUAAGAGUAGACAUUGAGCAUGUAUUAUUAUCAACAAGGACAGCAAACUUUCAUAUAUUUGUAACUGCAGCUGUUCACGGUACAAGACUGGGAGUGGGGAGGGAAUGGACACUUUACUUCAAGGGCUAUUCUAAACCUUUUUGUAUGUCUGUGCUUAUGUGUUUGGCCAACUUUUUAAAAAUUAUUAUUAUUAGUACUGCGUGUCAGUGUAAGUGACACAGCUAUUAAAAAGAAAUGAUAACCUAUUACUGAGAGUAUGGAAAACAACCAGUUCUGCCAUAAACGGCUAUGUAGUUUGUAAAGCUAAACACUUUGUAACACAUUAAGAUGUGUCAUUUUCCCAUUAAUGAGGAGGCUGGUUUUGUAUAUGAUAUUCUGAAUAGCAUUGUUUUUGUUACAACAUUUCUGUAUAUUUCUCUGCUAUACUCACCAACUGAACAGAGUUGUGGUCGGUACCAGAGACCAGACUGAUCCAUAUUGUUGAAAUCAGAGGAAAACUGAACGGCCAACAGAAAAGCUUACAGACCUGAGUAAAAACUUCUGUUUCUACCUAAGUUAUGGUAGUAUAAAAACAUGAGAGAAAAUAAAUUAAUUCCCAGUUUUAAGAUGUGUACACAUGGCAAAUUACAUGCACAUUAUGUCAUAUUUAUGAUUAAUAUUCUUAUUCAUUAAUGUCAUAAUUAUUGUUUAUUCUGUUUAUAUUCUGUGACUUUAUAAACGUUUCCACUUUUUUGUUACUAUUCAAGCUUCUAUUUGAUCCCAACCAUUGUAAUUACUGAAAAAAAGCAGAUGCAAUCAAAAGUGAAAAGACAAAAAGCAUGAAGACGUCAAAGCCAGUGGUGAUGUCCUAUAACUGACUUUUGAUGUCAAGGUGUGUGUGUGUGUAUGUGUCCUGUUUGUGUGUCUGUAUUACUGUGCCUGUGUGUAUUUCAGUGUCUGUUUUUGGAAUGCUUAAUAUCACAUUUGAUCUGACUUUUAUCUGAUUUGUAAGAAGUCAGAAAAUGUGCAUUUCAGAAACCCAAUGAAAAUUAAAAUCCAAAAUAUUACUUUA